GUCUUUCAUCCUCAGUUAAAACAAAGAGAUGUUUUUACCAAAUAAAGCAUCAAGUCGCCCAUCAGUCAGAGUGAGGAAGUGGUGAGUCUCAGGAAGUAGAAGCUACUUGUGUGUUCAGGAGGCAGUCAGACAGUUCUGAGGGUGAGAGCAACAGACGCACGAUGGCUCAACUCAGAUGGAUUCAAGGGUUUUUAUUAAUGAUCCUGCAGCUCACAGUCGCUGCAGAUCAAACCUCUGUUUCAAAGAGAGCUGGAGAUGAAGUCACAUUGAAAUGUUCAACAGGGAUCGAUGGUCAACAGAAGUGUAGCAGCACUACAUGGAUCUUAGUUGAUUCAGGAAACAGAGCAUCAGUAGAGCUGGUUGAACUCGGUCAGAUUAAUAAUGACAUCACUAAAGCAGACAGACUGAGUCUAACAGCAGACUGUUCUCUGGUUAUAAAGAAGGUCAGAGAAAAAGAUGCUGGACGUUAUUACUGUCAACAAUGGGAAGGAGAGAAGAAGGAAAGAUACACUAAAGUUCAUGAGUCUAUUUUAGAUCUGUCUGUUCUUAACGAAACAUCAGAAGAAAAAGUUCAACCAACGAACAAACCUGGAAACACAAACUCAAAGACAACCAGACCAGAAACAGAAAAUGAUUCAACAACCUUUCAAGCCACCACUGGAAACAAGGACCCAAAGCAAACAGUUGAGAGCAAAAUAACUUCUGUCACAACUACAGAUCGAGGUGGGAAGGCUCAAACAACAAAGAAACCUGGAAGCAAACAAUCUACAACAAUCCAAGCAGGAACAGUCAAUACUCCACCAACUUUUCAACAAACUCCUGGAAUCACUGCUGGAGUCUUGGUUCCUCUCAUUUUCUUAAUAUCUGCUAUGGUGAUCAUCAGACUGAGAAUAAAGGGAAAGAAAAUAGAAACCAGUGAAAAUGCUGUUGACCUUGGAGGUGAUGUUUCCUAUGCCACCAUCACACAUCCAAAGAAAAAGAAAAGAAAAACCAAGGUUGGUGGAGAUCCUGAUGCUGUGACCUACAGCACAGUGAGAGCCUGUUCCUCUUCUGCUGCAGCCUCUGGUGAUCCCAACAACCUCUACAGUGUCAUAGCCUUCAAUAACUGAAACAGCAAAGCAGACCUGCCCUCUAGUGGUAACAUGGAAGUUUAGUCAAAGCACAGUAUACAUCUUUUCUUGCCAUAUUAGCUCUGUGUUAAAUGAAGAAGAAAAAAAAUUUGUAAAAAUUUUGACCUUUUAUGUUUGAUAUUUUAUAUGAUAUUACACAGAUGGAUUCUGGGUUACAUUGUAAUCAUCAUCAAAAAUCUUUUAAAUGGUUGUUAUAGAGCAGAGCAACAAAAUGCAGUGACAGCAGUUUGUAAUAAGCAUAACCACAAAUACAACUUUUCAGUCUCAGUCAUAGUCUUUAUCAUAUAGACUUUGUAAAAACAACAACCUAAUCAGGUCUGCUUUU